AAGCGACGUGUGUGCCUCUUGGAGGAUUCUUCUUUCUUCUUUUCCUUCUUUUUCCUUUCCCCUUUGUCCUUACCCUUUUUUUAUACUUCUCCACCCAAUUUUUCUUUAUUCAACAUGGGUAUGAGCUUUUCAAAGUUGUUUUCUGACCUUUUUGGUAAAAAGGAAAUGCGCAUCCUAAUGGUGGGUUUGGAUGCCGCCGGUAAAACCACCAUCUUGUACAAAUUGAAACUGGGUGAAAUUGUCACCACUAUUCCUACUAUUGGUUUCAACGUCGAAACGGUCGAUUACAAGAACAUCUCUUUCACUGUAUGGGAUGUCGGCGGUCAAGAUAAAAUCCGUCCUCUCUGGAGACACUAUUUCCAAAAUACGCAGGGUAUCAUUUUUGUCGUCGACUCCAACGACAGAGACCGUGUGACCGAAGCUCGCGACGAACUUCAGAGAAUGCUCAACGAAGAUGAACUCCGUGAUGCUCUCCUUUUGGUGUUUGCUAACAAGCAGGAUUUACCCAAUGCCAUGAAUGCCGCUGAAAUUACCGACAAACUCGGUCUUCAUUCUCUUCGCAACAGACACUGGUACAUUCAAACCACUUGUGCAACCAGCGGUGAUGGUCUGUAUGAGGGUUUGGAAUGGUUGUCUAGCAAUUUGAAGAGACGAUCUUAAGUAUCGGUUCCCCGGCUGGCUCUUGUUCUCUCUUUUCUUUCUUUAUGUGAAAAAUCUGGGAAAG